AUAAUCUAUCAUCUGUUUGUUUUCAAAGUUGUUUACAUUUAAUAUUUUUACACAAAAAAUGAACUGGCAAUGAAUUAUUUUUCUUAUGUAGUUUAAAUUGACCUAUGAUGAAUUACAAAAAUGAAUUGCCGAAAUAAAAUACUCUCAGGAUCCCCAUCAACUCCGAAAAGACGGCGUUUAGGAAUUCGAAGAAAUGUGCGAUUAUCUCAAUUAAGCAUCGAAAAUAUCAAGUUAAACACACCGAAAAAUGGUCAAAUCAAUUCUAGAGUUAAGGAAAAUUGCGAUUCACCACCGCUACCGUGUAAUCAAGUGGAGUAUUUGUGUGAUUCAGAGAGUAAUAGCUCAAUUAGCAGCGAUAUACCUUGCUCGCCCGGCAUAUUGGAGACGUGCAAUAUUUUUCAUAAUAUAAGUAGUUGGAAAUCGUUUCACGAAUCUAAAAGCCCUAAAAAUGAAGCUGCGUGUGUAAGCACAAUCGUUGAUGAAAUAUUUACUGAUUCAGUUCAAUCAAAAUCCGAUAAAUUAAACUGUGUCCAAGAAUUACCAAAGAAUGAAAAAUAUCAAGAUGAAAUCGAAAAAACUUUUAAUGAGAUCAAUCAAUCUAUUUGCCAUAAUGAUUCAUUUUUUGAUGAGAAGGAUUCUUUUUUGCUUGAUAUAAGAGAAAGUGGUAUUAUAAAUGAAAAACAUGCUACAGAAAAGGAAUUACCUCAAUUAAAUGUAAAUAAAGAAAUUACUAAUGAUUUUUAUGGUCUGCCGAUGAUUACAAAGGGACUUUUUAAGUCAUACCGAAAUAUUGAAAAAUUUUAUGAUUGGCAAGAAGAGUGUCUUAAUCUAAAUGCAAUAAAAGAAAGACGUAACUUAAUUUAUGCUCUCCCAACCAGUGGAGGCAAGACAUUGGUAGCAGAGGUGCUUAUGUUACGGGAAGUGUUGGUUCGGAAGAAAAAUGCAUUGUUUAUAUUGCCAUUCGUAGCUAUUGUUCAGGAGAAGAUAUGGUCACUAUCACCAUUUGCUAUUCAAUUAAACUUCUUAGUAGAAGAGUAUGCGGCUGGAAAAGGCCACUUGCCACCGAAGAAACGGCGAAAAAGAAAUAGCAUUUAUGUAGCAACUAUUGAAAAGGGCCUUGCAUUGAUCAGGAGUCUCAUAGAGCUGGAUAGAUUGGCAGAAAUUGGUUUGAUUGUGGUAGAUGAACUUCAUUUAAUUGGAGAACCAGGCAGAGGUGGUACUCUAGAAACCCUACUUUCAACAGUAAUAUUUGCUAAUAAGGGUAUUCAGAUUGUGGCAAUGAGUGCCACAAUAGGCAACCUGCCAGACUUGGCGCAGUUCCUCCAAGCUGAAGUGUACCAGCGGGACUUCAGGCCGGUGGAACUCACGGAAUAUGUGAAACUCGGGAACAUGUUACACAAGAUUGUGUGGAAUGAGGGGAGCAUGGAAUUGGUGCCGGAUCGGGUACUAUCUUUCGAUUAUACCGAAGCUGGCACUAAGCUGGACCCUGACUUUGUGGGGGGUCUCGUCAGCGAGGUGGUACCUGGUGACAGCUGUUUAGUGUUCUGCCCCACCAAGAGGAACUGCCAGAGCGUAGCAGCGCUUCUGUGCAGUAUGCAGCGGAGUGAGAUGCAGCGGCACCGCGCGGAGGAGCGCUUGGCGCUGGUGAGCGCGCUGCGGGCGGAGGGCGCGUGCGCCGAGCUGGUGCGCUGCGCGCGCGCCGGCGUCGCCUUCCACCACGCGGGGCUCGCGGCCGACGAGCGCGCGCUGCUCGAGAACGCCUUCCGGGCGGGCGCGGUGUCGGCGCUGUGCUGCACGUCGACGCUGGCGGCGGGCGUGAACCUGCCGGCGCGGCGCGUGAUCGUGCGCGCGCCGCGCGUGGGCCGCCAGCUCAUCGGCCUGCCCGCCUACCGGCAGAUGGUGGGCCGCGCGGGCAGGAAGGGCCACUGCGCUGUCGGCGAAAGCAUCAUAAUCUGUGACCAGCGGGACUGGCCACAACUUCGAGCCGUUCUGUCUGGUGGCUUACCGCCAGUCCGCAGCCAACUGUCUCCUCACAUUGAGGGGUUGUUAUUAAGCGCUGUGGCCUUGGACCUUGCUACUGACGUGGGGACAUUGAAGACAAUGCUUGGUCGUACUCUGCUGGCUGUUACAGAGCAGACAGUGAAUAUAGACGAAGAAUGUAAAAAGAAUGUAUUGGCUCUAAUAAAAAGCGAUGCUUUGGAGGUUGUUGGCAGAAAAACGUCAUCAGUUAAUGAAGUAGACGACGAGUCAAAACUAGCUGUUAGCAAACUUGGUACUGCUGCGAUUAAAGGAUGUCUAGAUCUGCCCGUCGCUAGACAGUUGCUAGCGGACAUAGAGCAGGCAUCCCGCGGUCUGGUUCUCCUGGGCAGUUUGCACCUGUUGUACCUAGUCAGUCCACAUGAGAGUGUCAUCAGACCAGACUAUAGGCAUUACUACUCACUGUACUGUAACUUGGAUGAAGAAGGAGCUCAAACAGCGAAGAUAUUGGGCAUUACCGAGGUCAACGCGAUACGCAUGAUGACCGGCAAACCUAUAACGAAUGUGUCGGAGCAAGUGCUGAACAGGUUUUAUCUCGCUUUGAUGCUGCGCGAUCUCUGGAAGCUGAUGCCGGUGCCUGCUGUGGCCGACAAAUAUAACAUGUCGCGCGGCGCGGUGCAGUCGGUGAUGACGUCAGCAUCGUCUCUGGCGUCGAGCGCGGCGCGGCUGUGCGCGGCGCUCGGCGCGGGGCUCGGCGUGGAGCCGUGCUGGCAGUUCGGUGCCCUGCUGCACGAGCUGGCGCUGCGCCUGCGCAACUGCGCCGUGCCCGAACUGGAGCAGCUGAUGGAACUACCCUCCGUUAAGAAGUACACAGCGGCGUGCAUGUCCAGGCGCGCGCAGUGCAGCUGUACCGCGGCGGGUUCCGGCGCGUGGAGCAGGUGGCGCGCGCGGGCGCCGACCAGCUCGCGGCCGCCGUGCCGCACCUGCCGCUCUCCGCCGCCAGGCACCUGAUAAGCGCUGCCAAGAUGAUGUUGAUUGAAAAAGUGGAAAAUUUGCGAGCUGAAGCCGAAGACGUCAUGGAAGAAUUGAACUUGGAUGAUAAACUGAAUUUAAUAGAAAGCAAUGAUAUAUAAAUGAAUUAAAAUAAUAUGUUAAUAAAUAAA